GCAUUCAGUAUUUAAUUUUAUAUUAGGAGUAGGCGAGUAGCUCAAACAAAACUUUUUGUUUUCCCCUUCGAUACCACUUAGCUCCAACAAAGUCAAUGGCGAAUAAUUCAGACUCUCCUCUAUGCGAAAUAAAAUAUCUAAACAACAACAAGCACAGAUCUCUCAGUCUAAUCGUCUUACUAUUGAAGCUCUACAUCGUUGCUUAUCGUCUUGUCCAUCUUUCUGACCAUGGUUUCCCCUGGUUCAUCGCCUUCCUCUGCGAUUGUUGGUACACCUUCAUUUGGCUUCUCUGGAUCAACAUCGGAUGGACUUCCGUCGAUUACAAAACACACCCACAACUCCUCCUCCAAAGAUUUCCAGAUCUUCCUCGGAUAGAUCUUUUCGUGACGACGACGGAUCCGAUGCUAGAACCACCAAUAACGACAGUAAAUACGGUGCUGUCUCUUAUGGCGGUUGAUUAUCCAGCCGAUAAAUUAGCUUGCUAUGUUUCCGAUGAUGGGUGUUUCCCGAUCACACUAUACUCUCUCACUGAAGCAGCCAAAUUUGCAAGCUUUUGGAUUCCCUUUUGUAAGAAAUACAACCUUCAAGUUAGAGCUCCCUUGCUGUACUUCUCUAGCAAGUCAACAUCUAAAAGUGAUAGCCCGUCCGAGAUUUUCCACGAAGAAGAGAGAAAGAUGAAGAGUUUUAAUUAUUUUUUCCAGGAGGAGUAUGAGAAGCUGAGAGAAAAGAUUGAAGAUGCUGUGCAUGGAAAGGUUCCGAUUGAUCUUUCUGGAGACUAUGCUGUUUUUGCAGAUACACAGAAAAACAACCAUCCUGCUAUCAUCAAGAUUAUUGUGGAGAACAAGGAAAGACUUUCAAAUGGAUUGCCGCAUCUAAUUUACGUUUGCAGAGAGAAGCGUCCAAAUUAUCAACAUCACUAUAAAGCUGGUGCUGUGAACGUUUUGACUAGGGUUUCUGGGGCGAUGACAAAUGCACCAUUUACGUUGAAUGUGGAUUCUGAUAUGUUUGUAAAUAAUCCAAAGAUCAUUAAGCAAGCAAUGUGUUUGUUGCUCGGUCUCAGACAUGAAAAUUGUGCAUACAUCCAAUGCCGUGAUAUCUUCUACAAUGAUUUAAAAGAUGACCCUUUUGGAAACAAUUUUCUUAUUGCUUUUGAAAUACUUGGACGUGGAAUGUCAGGGAUUCAAGGUCCUAUGUUUGGAGGAUCAGGUUUUCACAGACGUGAAGUCAUCUAUGGUUUAACCUUUGAUGAACAUUCACAUCCUAAAGGAAAAAUGAGCUACGAGGAAAUGAAAAGAAAAUUUGGAAAUUCCAUGGAGUUAAACAAACUUGCUGCUCAAACUUUGUCAGGGGAAUCAGAUAUUGAUGGACCCCUAAAUCUUUCAAGUAGAAUUGAGACCGCAUGCCAAGUUGCUAAUUGUGAUUAUGAGCAUGAAACUGAAUGGGGUUCAAAGAUAGGUUGGGUUUAUGGGUCAAUAACAGAAGAUAUUGUAACGGGAAUGAAGAUCCAUUCACGAGGUUGGAGGUCUGUCUUAUAUAUAUCCGAUCCACCAUCCUUCAUAGGAUCUGCACCUCUAGGUGGGCCUACUGUGACAAUCCAAAGGAAGAGAUGGGCCACAGGUCAAUUAGAAGUACUAUUCAGCAAAAACAAUCCCCUAUUUUUAACUCUCAAAGGGAAGCUAAAACUUAGGCAAUGCUUAGCUUACAUGUGGAUUCUCCUGUGGGGUGCAAGCUCUAUUCCUGAGUUGUUCUAUACUUUUUUGCCCAUCUACUCUAUCAUCACCAACUCAUACUUCUUACCCAAGGUUGGUGAAGUUGCUUUUAUAGGAGUUAUUGCAUUGGUUCUCACUCAAAACUUGCAACAUAUUACAUUUUGUAUGGGAUGUGGUCAAAAUUUUCGGGAAUGUUGGAAUGGUAUGAGAAUGAAUCGAAUCACCAACAUGACUAGCUCUUUAUUAGCAUGUUUAAGUUGGAUUCUCAAGUUUUUUGGGAUCUCAGAGACAUUUUUUGAAGUCACAAAGAAAUACCAGCCAAUAGUUAACGACGGAGCUGAUUCUGGUAGGUUCAGCUUUGAUGAUUCAGCAAUGUAUGUGCCCAUCACCACCCUUUUGUUUCUACAUUUGACAGCUUUGUUCAUGCCCUUGUUAGGGCUACGACCAUUGAAUGAUGUUGGUAGGUGUGGUCCGGGACUUUUGGAGUACAUUUUUAGUUUGUUUAUGGUGAUAAGCUAUUGGCCUUAUGUGAGAGGACUAUUUGGAAAAGGAGAACAUGGGAUUCCAUUUUCUACAAAAUGCAAAUCGUCUAUUUUGGUUCUUAUAUUUUUAUUGGUAUGUAAACUAUUUGGAGGAGGUUCAUUGUUUCAUUAACUAUCUACCAGACAGGAUAUUGGUAUGCCAAUGGAAAAAUACCACAUAGUCAAAUAAUUGGCAUGUCAUCUUUAAUUUGUCUGCCACAUAGGAUAUAGGCAAACCAAUUGAAAAAUAACAUGUUGUCAAAUUGUUGGCAUGGCAUCUUUAAUUAAAUGUACAAAUAAAUAAAAUACCCCCCUUUUUAUUAAGGUUCCAAAUUUGGAAUCGUUAAACUUGUGUUAAA